AUGCCUUGCGUUGGAGUCUCCUGUCUCCAUAUUGCUGCCAAAAUGGUUGAGGAUGAGUGCAACAUCUCACCCACACAUGAACUCAUCCGCAUCAGCCAAAGCAAGUUCACUGUUUCUGACCUCAGCCGCAUGGAGAUCAUCAUCUCUGGAAAACUCAACUUGGAGCUCAAAGCCGUCACAGCCUUAACCUUUUUACACUUAUACCAUGCUGUCAUCAUAUCACUUACAUCAGAAAGGUGAGCGCUUUGUUUCUUAAUUGAUCUCUUUUUGCAUUAUGUCAUCAGGGAUGUAUUUUUCCAAUUGCUAGAAGUUGUAAAGUUGAUCUGCUGAUGAUCAGUUGACAUGAGGAUCACAUGAGGGUUGCCUUUAUUUUAAGGGAGGAGAUCCCAAGCAUUGGGAGACUGGAAGCCCAGCUAAAAGCUUGCUUAUGUCGGCUUGUUUUCUCUAAAGCAAAAGGAAUAAUUAUUCUCAGGCCAACACAAUAGUUAAAUUAUAAGAAUGUAUACUUUGAGUUGCAGGACCGCUAAGGUAUUUUAAUUUUUUCAGCCAUCGGUGCUGGCACUGUCUGUCAUUAAUCAGGAGUUUGAAGCCCUCCAGUCUCUUGCCAUGUUGGAAAUUGUCCAAGAAGUCCAAAGGCACCUAAAGGUAUUAUACAGUUUAAUUACAGACCUCAGUAUGACAUGAUGGUGUCAUGACCAAUGACAGUUAUUAUAUUUUUAUAAUACAAAGACCCACUGAGGCUGACACUGACAUUUAUACAGUAGCUUUACCCUAAACAAGUGAAAUCAUCUGAAAACAUGCUACAUGGAAACUAGCACCUUCUGACUUGGCUGAGACAACAUUUUCCAAGACUACUCUAUUUAUGUCUUCUAUCAUCUAUCAUAGAAGGUAGCUUAGUGGGUAAGAGCGUUGUGCCAGUAACCGAAAGGUCGCUGGUUCUAAUCCCCGAGCCGACUAGGUGAAAAAUCUGUCGAUGUGCCCUUGAGCAAGGCACUUAACCCUAAUUGCUCCUGUAAGUCGCUCUGGAUAAGGGCGUCUGCUAAAUGACAAAAAAUGUAAAAUGUAUCAGCCUCCUCAGAUAUUUCCUAUUUCUUUCACAGAUUGUUGACAGUGAGUUACUCUACUGGAGGGGACUUGUGGCCAAAUGCAUGACUGAGUACAGCUCAAGUGAAUGUAACAAACCAGACAACAAAAAACUGGUGUGGAUCGUGUCCAGACAAACCGCCCCAAAUUUGCACGCUAAUCACUUCAGUGUCCCUGAACUGCCAACUAUUCCAGAGGGGAGCUGGGGUGAAAGUGAGAGGUAAACAAACAGCCCCUUUAAUGCACUUUACUGUAUAAUAAUAUUAAUAUUUUAUAUCACUAGAGCUACUGUGUGUACAUAAAGGCUCAUUAUUGAACUGCAACAUAAUGCACCAUAUUACUUCUACAUUGUACAGCAUUGCUAUGAUGUUUCAGGGAAGAAGAAAAAAGUGAACUCACUAACAUUAGGUCAGUGGAACAGUGGCUUCAAGACAGUAAUGAUGAUAUCUGUUCUCCCCUGUGUAUAUUUAGUGAGGAUUCCUUUGAGGGCAUGAGCUGUGAAGAGGACAACCCGUGCAGCUCUCCUGGCAGCGACGAAGAGGGAGCCUUCUUCCCCUCAGAGUUUCGCAACCAUGGCAGAAAAUGAUACUCCUCUCUUUUUGAUGAGCUCAAACUUGUGAUUGAGAUUGUGUAACCAGGGUGCUAACUGUAACUUUUCCCUAAAUGUAAUGUUUCCCCUUCCUUAGUAGUCAUGAUUCAGAACAAAAUAGUUUAUGUUACUUACCAUACUGUAUGUGUGACAGACUGGUAUCGAACUCGGGUUGCCUGUGCGCCUGGUUAGCCCUCUUAGCUAAAGCCUAGGUGUGGAAGCUAACAUAAGUCUUCCUGUCCAAAGACAGGUUACUGAUCACGGGAACGUAGUCCAACAAACCACCUCUGCUACAUACGUAUGUAUUCUGGAAAUACUGAACGGCAGGCCCAAUCAAGUGCCUGUAUUAAUCCAUGUGCUGUUUUUAAACUUUUGUUAUGAUUUUAGAUCUGAGUGAGAUUUAAAUUGCAAUAUCUUGGCAGCUGACUGGCAAUAAGAUCUUUGAAAGCCUUUUUAAAGAUGUUGCUGGUGUCAAUCUACAGUGGGGAGAAAAUCUGUCGAUGUGCCCUUAAGCAAGGCACUUAACCCUAAU